AUGGCGUCCUCUCUUCACCCAAACCCGACCACCUUCCUCAAACCCGUACCCAGACCCAGACCAUUCACAACCACGCCCACCCCCACCGUCGUCCGCGUUCCCGUACGGUGCGGCCCACGCGACAAGCGUGGACCCUUGGUCAAAGGCCGGGUCCUCAGCAUCGAGGCCAUCCAAGCCGUCCAAGCCCUCAAACGGGCCCAAAGAUCCGACCCGGACCCGGACCCAUCCCACCUCCCCGCCCUGGUCUCCAAAACCCUCUCCCGCCUAAUCAAGUCCGACCUCGUCGCCGCCCUCAAAGAGCUUCUACGGCAGGAUCAGUGCCACCUGGCCCUCCAGGCCUUCUCCGCCUUCCGAUCCGAAUACCAACCCGACCUGUCCGUCUACGCCGAGGUGGCUUUGGCGCUCGCCAGAAAUGGGAUGGUGGAGGAGAUAGACACUCUGGUUUGUGAGCUCGAAAAGGAGAGCGGAGGAGUCCAGUGGGACAGUGAUAAGGGGCUGAUAAGGUUGAUCAAGGCCGUCAUUGGGGCCGACCGGAGGGAAUCGACGGUCAGGAUUUACGAGGUGCUGAAGAGGAAAGGAUGGGGGUCUAGUAGUUUUAAAGCGGAUGAGUAUAUGGUUAGGGUGUUGAGCAAGGGAUUGAGGAGGCUUGGUGAGGCUGAACUAGCUGAUGAGGUUGAUGUCAAAUUUGGUCCACAGCUGUUAUUUCAAUCUUGA